AAGCGGCAAUCUAACGGAGUUACGCAAAGUUAACAAACACCAAGAACUAGGGUUAGGGUUUCCAUUUUCAAAUUCCCAAUUUUCUGCCGAUCAAAUCAUGCCGAAGAACAAAGGAAAAGGAGGAAAGAAUCGCAAGAGAGGUAAGAACGAAGCCGACGAUGAAAAGCGUGAAUUAGUCUUCAAAGAAGACGGUCAGGAAUACGCACAGGUCCUCCGUAUGCUCGGCAACGGCCGUUGCGAAGCCAUGUGUAUCGACGGCACAAAGCGCCUCUCUCACAUCCGCGGUAAGAUGCACAAGAAGGUAUGGAUUGCCGCUGGUGACAUUAUUCUAGUCGGUUUACGUGAUUAUCAGGAUGACAAGGCUGACGUCAUCCUCAAAUACAUGCCUGAUGAGGCUAGACUGUUGAAGGCGUACGGUGAGUUGCCGGAGAAUAUUAGGCUGAAUGAAGGGAUUGCUGGUGGUGGAAUUGAUGAGGAUGAUGAUAAUGCUGGUGAUGAUUAUAUUGAGUUUGAAGAUGAAGAUAUUGAUAAGAUUUAGGGGUUUGAAGGUGUGGUGGCUUGGAUUUGUUAUUCGAAAUCGAGCUUGGAGAAAAGGAGAAAAAGGUAUUGGUUAGGGUUUGUAGAACUUGAGGUCUUUGAAUGUGAUUUGGUUUUAGGUUAUAAGUUAUAAAGAAGUUUAUGUGUAAGCUAUUGAAUUUUGAGGAUUUAUGCAUAAUCGUUUUUGAGUUU